UGACCUUCAGCGGGGCUGUGGUGGAGGCGCCGCCAUGUUCGCCCGCGGCGCCGCCGUCGCCCUUUACCAGCCGCAAUGGGGCCAAGUGAGGAAUAUGGCAACUCUGAAAGAUAUUACCAGACGCUUAAAAUCCAUCAAGAACAUUCAGAAAAUUACCAAGUCCAUGAAGAUGGUUUCUGCAGCAAAAUAUGCAAGAGCUGAGAGGGAACUGAAGCCUGCUAGAAUAUAUGGAACAGGAGCACUGGCUCUUUAUGAGAAAGCAGAAAUUAAAGCACCYGAGGAGAAGAAGAAGUAUCUCCUUAUCGGUGUGUCCUCUGAUCGAGGUCUCUGUGGAGCUAUUCACACAUCCAUUGCCAAGACCCUGAAGAAUGAGAUUACCAACCUCUCAAACGCAGGGAAAGAAGUUAUGGUGGUUGGAGUAGGUGACAAAAUCAGAGGCCUCCUUCAAAGGACACAUGGCAACUACUUCCUGAUGACGUUYAAAGAAGUAGGACGGAGACCUCCCAGCUUUGGAGAUGCUUCAGUCAUUGCUUCAGAGCUGCUGAACUCUGGGUUUGAAUUUGAUGAAGGAUCCGUCAUCUACAAUCGGUUCAGAUCUGUCAUCUCCUACAAGACUGAUGAAAAACCAAUAUUCUCUUUUGAAACAGUUGCUGGUUCUGAGAGCCUUAGUAUCUAUGAUGAUAUUGAUGCUGAUGUGCUGAGAAACUACCAGGAAUUCACACUAGCAAAUAUUCUGUACUACUCCCUUAAAGAAUCCACCACCAGCGAGCAGAGUGCUAGAAUGACCGCUAUGGACAACGCCAGCAAAAAUGCUUCUGAGAUGAUUGACAAACUGACCUUGACAUUCAAUCGUACCCGCCAAGCUGUAAUUACCAAGGAGCUUAUUGAGAUCAUCUCUGGUGCUGCUGCUCUGUGA